AUUACAAUGAAGGCAGAUAACUUGAAAAUGUAUGAUGUAUCUAUAGUAUUUUUAUACCUGUCAGAUAGAACUAUUUAAGGUUAAAAUAGUAGGUAGUAGAAUUUUAGAAGUAUAAUUUUCUUUCGUAAAAUUACAUCAAAAUAAUGAGUUGUAAGAUAAUGUAUGCGUUUCGUGGUUGGAUAGCAUUUGUGGCUUUUAUGGAUUUAGGAACGACCGUACGAAGUUACAUUGAAAAGCGAUCAUUUCUAAGUAAUUUCACAUCGGACUCGAAUUUCGUUGAUGAGGAGUAUACGACUUCUAGAAUUCUCGGAAUGUUUUCAGUAUUGAAGGCUAUAGUUUUAAUACACUGUACUCUGUACAUUCAUUACAAACCAGUUGUUAGUUUGGGAGCCUUCUCGAUUUUACUGUCUGUUCUAUUAUAUCUUUCAGAGACAUUAUACUUUAGAGCAGCUACUUUAAGUUUCUAUGUUACUUUUCCUUGUAUUUUAAACAUAGUGACUUUAUGCGGUUUGAUGUAUUUGCCUGCUCAUUUAAAAAUAUGGGAACUGCCUAGUGAAAUCGAUGAGAAUUUAAAAAACAAUGUAAAUUCCUUUAAAAAGAAAAGGCGAAAAAACAAUUAAUUGAUAGAUAAGGUGGAUUAAUAAAAUGGUAAAUACAUGACACUGUCCUAACCAUUAAGAGCUGAAAAAGUUUUAAUUGGACAGUGAAAUUUUUGACUUGUUUGCACAAAAUAAACCUUGAAUCAAGUACUUUCUUGGUGGUUGGUAUAGAAGAAUUUACCUUGAGAAUGAAUACAUUGUAAUAGAGUUUCUAGUAGAACUCUAACACUAGGAGUGCAUUUUGAUAUGUGCCUUUUUUAGAUUAACAAAAAAUGUUUGCAGAAUUAAUCUAAGAAGCAGUGUUAAUAUGCAGUUAAUAGAUUAAUAAAUGAGUUGAAUCUCGCCCAUUUCUCUUA